GUCUAAUGCAAGAAUCCACUGCCAGCCUUUUAGUCCUUUCGCACAGGGGAACAAGGUCGUGAAGAAAAGGUCUUGGUGAGGUGCCACCAUUUCUUCCGUCCUCGGUCUCUGUGCCUUUAGCAGAGCUUCCAGCAGCUCUAUGUUGGGCCAGAGCAUCCGGAGAUUCACAACCUCUUCCGUCUGUAGGUGCCACUACAAGGAGGGCCCUGGGAAGAAUUUGCCAUUUUCGGUGGAAAACAAGUGGUGGUUAUUAGCCACGAUGUGUUUGUACUUUGGAUCUGGAUUUGCUGCACCCGUCUUUAGAGUAAGACACCAACUGCUUAAAAACUAA